UACUGCAGUGUUGAGGAGAGCAAAUACCACCAAAGUCCACGAGAGAAAUCAUAUAUAUACCAGGAUCUAGUCCCACCAGCAAAAGAAGUGCCCCAGUGGAGAAAGCCCAGUUUAACAGUCUAGAAAACUGAUCCAUACUGAAAGUGAACUGAACACACCUUAUCUGCAGCUCAUUGGACAAAAUCUGCCCACAUCAGCUUGGAUAACUUUACACUCCUUCCGGUUCCAUGCCUUGUAGCAACUUUUCAGCUCCUACCUCCGCAUCCCUCGCAACGGAAAAAACCUCCACCUACCAGCAGUGACUGACUCCAUUGCUGCCACCUACUGCAAUAACAUCCGAUAUUACCAUGGCUGCAACUGCUGCACCAGCAGUAGGCUCAUCUUUCUCUCCGUCCAUCCAGACCCUCAAAUGCAUGCGUUUUAAGCAACUGACAGCUGAUCAUUCUGUCCUUAGAUUUCCAUCGUCUCGGACGAUAUCAUCAAUAUCUCACUCUUUCUUCACUCAUGAACUUUUCCCCACCAGCGGCACUGUGCAAAAGUGGCGUGUGCUUAAGGUGUCAGCUGCUGUUGCCCAACAAGAGGCAGCCGCAACUGCCCAAGAGGAAGAAAGUUUGGUGGAGGAAGAGGUGAAGGAAGGAGAAGUAGCAGCAGAAGGAGAAGCUGAAGCUCAGGCUGAGACUGCGGCUGAAGCUGAGUCUCCUGUGAAUACUAAGCUUUACUUUGGGAACUUGCCUUACAAUGUUGACAGUGCCCAACUCGCAGGGAUAAUACAAGAGUAUGGCAGCCCAGAGCUUGUUGAGGUGCUUUAUGAAAGAGAAACUGGAAAAAGCAGGGGCUUUGCAUUUGUGACUAUGAGCGCCGUUGAAGAUUGUAACGUGGUUAUUGAAAAUCUGGAUGGAAGUGAAUAUCUUGGUCGAACUUUGAGGGUGAACUUUUCAGAUAAACCUCGACCUAGAGAACCUUUAUAUCCAGAAACUGAACACAAGCUUUUUGUUGGGAAUCUAUCAUGGUCUGUCUCAUCUGAAAGUUUGACACAAGCAUUUCAAGAAUAUGGAACUGUAGUUGGAGCAAGGGUUCUGUAUGAUGGGGAGACAGGAAGGUCACGGGGUUACGGUUUUGUCAGCUACUCAACGAAAUCGGAGAUGGAAGCUGCCCUUCAAUCUCUUAAUGGAGUGGAACUAGAAGGAAGGGCAAUACGGGUGAGCCUGGCUCAAGGAAGACGACCAUAAGAUCACAAAAAACGUGAAUUCAAGAAGCAUUUACAGUAACUGUGAAUCUCUUAGAGGAGAUGGAAGGAGGGAGUCACUCUGAUAAUAUAGUCAGUCACCCUGAGUGACCUGAAAUUCCCUUUCAUUUCUCCUUGUCUAUACCUCAUUUUCCACUUAGCAUUUCUUGACUGGAACUUAUAACAAAUUCUUCAUCGCCACCUUUGCUAAUAUUGAUAGUUGCUUUUCUUAUGAUUGUUUAUUGGACAAA